AUGUACAGCAAACGAACGUCAAAGGAAGUUUCAUCUCAGUCUACCGGUAGAGUUUCGCGGCAUACUGUUGACUAUAAUCUAACAUCUGUGGUCAGACGUGAUUCUGGAAAGAAGCGGCGGGAAUCACCACCUUUGAGAGCUAGCAAGGUUCUAAAAGACACCCCCACAUCUCUUAUCAGCCAAGAUCACUUUCUUUCAUCUCAUGGAGAAGGGCGAGAGAGGACGCGACGACGUCAUACAACACCAGUUAAAACUAGCACUGCUUUGAGGCGCAAUCAGCCAAACACGCUACAUUCUGGGCUACAACAGCCAAAGCGACGCGCCACUGUUGUUAAUGCGAGUGAGCAAGAGAAAGAGAAUCGUGCAAGUCAAAAUGUUUCCGCUAGCAGCUCGUGUGAGGACAUCGAGAGCGCCGUCAACGGCGAUAAUAACAGCACGAUGCUAACAGACUCUUCAGCAGACCUUCUUACUCAGAAAGGCCAAGAAUCGCGAUUGAGGCGUGCUAGGAGACAACAACGCAGAGAGUUGUCGUCAAUUCUCCAACAGUCACUUCUGGAUUCGAGUCAGCUUCAAGAUUCAUCUUUCUUUACGAAAGAUCGUGUAAAAGAAAGUCGCAUACUCGUGUCAACUGCUUGUUCACCCAUUGUUUUCCCACCUACU